AUGCUCGUGUGAAUGAGCGCGCGCACCCCACGGCCACGUGUCCGGCUAGCUAACAAAAGUGAGAAAGGGGCGGGGGAGGAGGUAAAUAUCGUCAUGUUCUCGGCUCUAGCGGCGUUCCUAGUCCUCGUCGUCUUCCUGCGGGGCCUCUACCUCACAGUUUCCAGUUACUUGUGGCGAGACGCGGGCGAAGACAGACGAAGACCCUCCGUCCGCUAUCGUAAGGACUCUCGUCUCUGUCCCGAUAUCGUCCGGGCCUGCACAACCCUCACCCACAAGUACAGACCUCCACUGUUGUGGGGAACCAGUGGUCAUAUCCUUCUCGGGUGUAGUUCUGCUAACGAAAAUAAAAACGAAAAAUAUCUGCGCACCCACUGUACCGCACUCAACAAUAGAGAGUCGGUACCUGUUCGGGCCAGUGGAUGAGAACAGGAGACAGCAUGACCAAUUCCUCUUGCAGACAACAUGACCAA